AUGGAUGAUUAUAUGUUCCGCAGCCAUGUGCAGAACUGCAAGUACGUGCCCGAGAACACGAGCUACCUGGAGAUUCUCAAUUACUCGGAUCCGGCCUACAAUACCGAAGAGGAGCAUCCCCUAACUUCUGACGAAUUUGAGAACUUCCUUCACCGUAGGGGGGCAUUUGAGCUGCCGAAAUUGCCAGAUGGCGUCCGGCUUUUGGACGGCAUCCGGCUCGUACUCCAAAAAAAUGCAAAGCAACCCGAAACUUUUGCGCCUCACCACAUCACCUUGCCCCCGACUAUGUAUGAGUCCAUGGUGAGGACCAUGUGUCUGCCUUUCCGCGCCAUUGAGGGAACCAGCGUCGUUGGGCCUUUCUUUUGGGCGGCUUUUGAUCAGGCGCCCAACGAUCCUCACCUGCAAAUAAUCUUCCGUAAAUCUGAUGUGCGCAAGAAGGGCAAGACGCGGGGGUGGGAGGUGAUGCUGUCGCAUGCCUUCAACACGAGCAUCACGACAGGUUUUGUGAAGGGCACGGCAUCAUCGGAUAUCAACGAAGCCAUCCAGCAUCUGCGGGCCUGCGCCGCCCAGGUCGCCCACCCGCUGCUCUUGCCCAUCAUAAUACUCUCGCAUGACCUCUCUUCCAGGACGGACCAGAAGCAGCGUGACGCCCGGGACUGGCUGCGCCGGCUCGAGAACGCCGUGACGAUGCGCAACGAAAUCGACGAGAAGGAGGGCUACAUCGAUUUUGACCUCGACGCCAUAAACCGCGAUCUUGUCGAGUGCCACUCCCAGGUCCUGUGGAAACGGCCUCAGGCCUACCAGGAGAUCAUUAAGGAGAUCAAAGGCGCCAUGGACUUGUUCUGGCAGGGCUCCCGCGCCCUUUCCAAAAUGCACGAAAUCUCCGCUCUCCACCAAAGUAUGGCGAGUAGGCUGGACUUCUAUCGCAUUAAGUUGACUGGCAUUGAGAACUACGCUCAUACGACGCUAGAACGGCUGAAUAUCCAGCGUCAAGCUCUCUACAAUAUUAUUGCGCAAAAGGAGUCAAAACUAAAUCUAGAGAUGGCAGCCCAGCAGCGUCGCUUGGCCCAUGCCAGUAAGCGCGACGGAACCGCCAUGAAAACGUUGUCCCUGCUCGGCGCCGUAUUCCUUCCCGGUACCUUUCUAGCCUCUAUCUUCAGCAUGACCUUUUUCGACUUCAACGUCGGUUCAUCCAACGGUCUGGACGAUGAUAGCUCCGGCAAGGGCGCCACCGUGUCCGAGUAUCUAUGGAUCUACUUCGUGGUCACCAUCCCCUUAACCCUGCUCAUCGUAUUGUCCUGGUGGUUCCUCGAUAAGAGGCGCGAGAAGCGGUACAGGGAGGAGGACGUGGAGAUUGAGAAGGGUAUCGACACUAUGGAAUCCGAGAUCAUGGCCAUCAUGCGCAAAAAGACCAUGAGCAAGGCCACGACGUGGACGAGUGGGCAGACACCCAGUAUAGCACUGACUAAGAUGGAAGGGCAGUGA